CGCUGCCCCUUGCUCUCCUCUUCUCCCACUCACUCUCCCACCCGCUCGACCACCGCCGCCUCCUCCUCCACCAUUCUCCUCGCCUCCCACCCGGCAAACCCUAGCCCCAGAUCCCCUCCUCCCAUCCACCUUGCUGCAUUUCCACCAGAUCCACCGCCUCCGGCUCAGAUCCACCCAUGCGCCUCCCGGUCCUACUCGUGCUGCUGCUCGCGGCGGCCGCGGAGGCGGAGGCGGCGAUGCUGGCGGCGAGGAUGGUGCACCGGCUGUCCGACGAGGCUCGGCUCGAGGCGGGCGCGCGCGGGGGGCGGUGGCCCCGUCGCGGGAGCGGGGAUUACUACCGCGCGCUGGUGCGGAGCGACCUCCAGCGGCAGAAGCGUCGGGUCGGCGGCAAGUACCAGCUCCUCUCCCUCUCCCAGGGCGGCGGCAUCUUCCCCACUGGCAACGACUUAGGCUGGUUAUACUACACUUGGGUGGACGUUGGGACGCCAAAUACUUCAUUUCUGGUCGCAUUGGAUACUGGGAGUGACUUGUUUUGGGUGCCCUGUGAUUGUAUCCAGUGUGCGCCAUUGUCCAGUUACCAUGGAAGUUUGGAUAGAGAUCUUGGGAUUUACAAGCCAUCUGAAUCUACUACAAGUCGGCAUCUGCCCUGUAGCCAUGAGCUUUGCUCUCCAGAUUCAGGCUGCACAAACCCGAAGCAGCCUUGCCCAUACAAUAUUGAUUACUUUUCAGAAAAUACAACCAGCUCUGGUUUGCUAAUUGAGGAUACACUACACUUGGAUUCUAGGGAGGGCCAUGCACCUGUGAACGCUUCAGUCAUUAUAGGCUGUGGUAGAAAGCAAAGUGGUAGCUAUUUGGAAGGUGUUGCACCAGAUGGACUUCUUGGUCUUGGAAUGGCUGACAUCUCGGUGCCUAGUUUCCUUGCAAGAGCUGGAUUAGUACGGAAUUCCUUUUCAAUGUGUUUUAAGAAAGAUGAUUCUGGGAGAAUUUUCUUCGGUGAUCAAGGAGUACCUACUCAACUGUCUACACCAUUUGUGCCAUUGAAUGGCAAACUCCAAACUUAUGCUGUUAAUGUUGACAAAUCUUGUAUUGGACACAAGUGUCCUGACGGUGCUAGCUUCCUGGCUUUAGUUGACACUGGAACAUCCUUCACCAGUCUUCCCCUUGUGGCCUACAAGACUAUCACUAUGGAGUUCGACAAACAAAUUAAUGCAACAAGAGCAGCUUCUGGCGAUAAUCCUUUGGAAUUUUGCUACAGUGCCCGUCCUCUUGAGAUGCCUGAUGUUCCGACCAUAACUCUGACUUUUGCUGAGAACAAGACCUUCCAGGCCAUUAAUCCUAUACUUCCAUUUAAUGAUAGACAGGGAGAGCUUGCUGUCUUUUGCUUAGCAGUAUUACCAUCAUCUGAUCCUGUUGGGAUUAUUGGGCAGAAUUUCCUGGUUGGCUAUCACGUCGUUUUUGAUAGGGAAAAUAUGAAGCUGGGCUGGUACCGAUCUGAAUGCCAUGAUCUGGACAACAGCACGACAGUGCCCUUAGGCCCGUCACAGCACAACAAUCCAGAGGACCCCCUACCGUCAAACGAGCAGCAGACUUCUCCCGCUGUCACACCGGCAGUCGCAGGCAAGGCUCCGUCCUCUAGUGGAUCGUCGACUCUACGGAACCUACUUGAUAACUCCAACCUGUUGCUGUUACUGACUAUGUCCACCGUGUUCUUUAUCUCAUGAACAAACUCGCUGACAAUGAUCUAACUUAUAGCUCUGUAAAUUGUAUGUGCCUCGUAUAUGGUGUUUUUUGUGUUGCUCUAGAGAACUUGGUAAAUCAGCUGCGUGCUUCACCCGGUCCCCUUCUGGAUGCCGUGCGGAUAGGUCGUUUUCCUGCAUGCCCAGUGCAGCUGUAUAUGCAACUACGCAAGUAUGUUUCGUG